UCUCCGGCAUUUACCAACACUGCGCCACAUGCUCAUCUCGAAUUAAAUUUUGUUGCCUUUUGCGGUUGAUUUGUCACUGCCCGCUCAACUCGCCAGUCAAACCCAUCCAUUUAUACUAAAUAACUAAAUUAUAAGUAGCCAUGAGUGCCAGCGAGGAGUUUCAGGGCUGGCUGAACGACCAGCUGCGUAAACUCAAUACGGACGAGAACGUCUUCGGAUCGUACAUCGUCGGCAUACUCGAGGGCGAUGAGACGACGGAGGAGAAGACGGAGGCCCUUGAAGGAAUCCUCAGCGAGACGGGGUCUGCUGAUAUCAACGAACUGGUGGCCACCAUUCUGCAGAAAUGGCUAUGCAGCCAUGUCAGCGCCGAUGAGCCGCCCAAAAAAGGCCUAGACAUCGAUGUGAACGCCCAGCUGGCUAAGCUGCUGGAGAAUCAGAAGCUCCAACCUGCCGUCAACAAGGAACGCGAGUACACCGAGGAGGAGCGACGCAUCAAGCAACAGAUACUAGCCCAGUAUUCGCAGACCGCUGUGGUGAACAAGGACAACGAUGAUUCCGAUUCGGAAAGCGAUGACGAUAGCGGAGCCCUUGCCAAGAACACCAAUAAAUCCGAUGUCCAGGCUUUGGCCAAGGAGAAACGGGAGCAGGCCCGCCUGGAUAGUGCGGCCAAGAAGCAGAAGGACAGGGACGACCGAGAGAAGCAAAGGCAGUUGCGCGAGGAGAAGAAGGAGAAGCGCAAGACUGUGAAGGGCGAGCGGCGCCGGUAGCCGUUUCCCGAAAGAUGCAAAAUUUUUCAGUCUUCUCUAUUAAACCGAUUUGUAUACAACUUUGUAUUUUUUGCAAUUGAAACGCCAAAGUUAUAAAUUCUUUUGAUUUUUA